AGGAACGUUUCAUGAAAACACCGGUGUGAUACCGCACUUUCUAGAAGCUUCCAGGAAGCACACGUUUAAAAGAAACACUGGUGCGAUACUGUAAAUUCUAAAAGCGUUCCAGCAGAGCACAUGUGACGGAAACCUACCCUCAGAUUCAGAAGAGAGCUACCUUGUGCACAGUUAAGUAACGUAAUGGCAGAGAAUUCUUCAGACCAGGCAGCCACGUCUGUCACGUCCACAGGAGGGGACGACAUCACUCCGAAUAAGGAUGGAGGGGUGCUGAAGAAGAUCCUCCGACAAGGCGAAGGGGAAGACAGGCCUCUGGCUGAAGACAAAGUGUCCGUGCAUUAUGUGGGCACCCUGACGGAUGGCACUAAGUUCGACUCAAGCCGAGACAGGGACGACAAGUUCGAGUUUACACUCGGCAAAGGGCAGGUGAUCAAAGGCUGGGAUCUUGGUGUAGCUACGAUGAAGAGAGGAGAACUGGCUCAACUGACAUGUAGGCCACAGUAUGCCUAUGGCAAAAGAGGGAGUCCACCUAAGAUUCCAGAGGAUGCCACACUGAUUUUUGAGGUGGAACUACUGGACUUCUUUGGAGAAGACAUAAGUGAAGAAAAAGAAGGUGGUAUUGUGCGCCGUGUUAUAAAGAAAGGUGUCGGAUAUGACAGGCCAAAGGAAGGAGCGAUUGCAGAAAUUCAUCUGUUGGGUACUUACAAUGGAUUAGUGUUUGAGGACAGAGACGUACAAUAUAUUGUUGGUGAAACCGCUACAGACCAUGGAGUUGUUGAGGGAGUCGACUAUGCUGUCACCAAAAUGAAGGCAGAGGAAAAGUGGAGAGUCCAGCUGAAAUCACAGUUUGCAUUUGGAAAUGAAGGGAAGAAAGACUUCAACAUUCCUGCCCGUGCUCAGGUGGAAUAUGAGGUGGAGUUGAAGAACUUUGAAAAGGUGAAAGAGUCAUGGCAAAUGGACACCAGAGAAAAACUAGAGGCCUCAGACAAAGUCAAGGCCAAGGGUACCACAUUUUUCAAGGGAGGGAAGUACAAGGAGGCUGUGACACAGUACAAGAAGAUACUGGACUACUUAGAGUUUGAUGCAGACCGGAUAGAAGAUGAGGAGGACAAGAAGAGUGCAGGACAGCUGAUGUUGGCAGCUCAUCUCAACUUGGCUAUGUGCUACCUGAAGACAGAUGAACCUUAUGAAGUUAUAAACCACUGUAGUAAGGCUCUGGAGAAGGACCCAAACAAUGAAAAGGCAUUUUUUCGGCGAGGACAAGCUAGAUUUACCAUCCGGGACUACGAGGAAGCCAGGAGUGACUUUAAUGCUGUCCUGAAGAUUGAUCCCAAUAACAAGGCUGCCAAGAACCAGGUUACCACUAUUCUACACCACCAGAAGAAGGAAAGGGAGCAGGAGAAAAAACUGUAUGGGUCCAUGUUUGAGAAGAUGGCUGCUCAGGGUUGUGAGGUGGACAGUAGAGGUAAACAUGGUGGUGACUCCAACAAACUGGAGGGAAGAGAGAUGGAUGGGGCAGAUAAGGACAUCACCAUGAAAAAUGACAAGGACUCAGCUGCAGGAGAACCUUAAUGCACACAACUAACAUGUACAUGUGUAGGACAGUCCUGUUCCUUUAUCUUUGCACAAUAAUGAUCUUUAUUUGCAUGUGUUAAGGUUUUCAUUGAUGUUGAGACACUGGAACUAGUUGACAAAUAAACAAUAACAGUCUACAUUGAAUUCCGUGUUUCCAUAUUGUCUUAUCGCUAAGAAAUUUUGCUUCAUCCUGAGCAACUUCUUACGAAAGAUUUUUUACAAACUUUGGUAAUGGACUGUAUGCUUUAAUGUGUCUAACUCUAAUGUCAUGACAAUGUCAAAUCUGAUCUCAGUGUACUCUUUGUGCUUUGUUCAACAUUGUACUACUAUAUGUGCUUUAUUAAACAUUGUACUAAGUGCUUUGUUCAACAUUGUACUAUAAUGAUUACUACCAACAACUUUCAUGUGAAAGCAUGACAAGUAAUGCAUUGAUAGCCAGAAUUUGGAGACCUCAUUCCGCCAUUAAAUAUUUAAAGCUUUGAAA